GUGAAUUCCAGGAGCAAGGCCGGGAGUGACGACACGAGUACAGACUCGAGUGCGAAUUCUCGACCAGCCACCAGUCUACAUUGUGGAUACUCCCGGUGUACUGAACCCACUGGCACGCGAUGUGGACAGCGCAAUGAAACUUGCACUGUGUAAUUUAAUCCUGGAAAGUGCAACGCAAGUCCAUUACGUUGCCGAUUAUCUCCUUUUCUGGUUGAACAGGUCAAAAGUGCUCCUCGAUAUAUGCCAAUCGAAUGAUAUUCGUUUUCCAACUUACAUUGCUCAGCGACGUGCUGAACGAUGGGACAUCGACCGAGCGGCCAAAAUGUUCAUCGAAAUGUUCCGGAACAAUAAGCUGCGCGAUCACUGCCUCGACAUCGAUUUAUUCCAAAACUAUAUUACUAAAAUUAUAUAAAU